AUGGCGGAAGAAAGUAACACAAACAUAAAUAACGAUAAAGAAGAAAAUAACCUGAACGUGAGUUUUACUGAAAUGUUGGAGACACCAUACAAAGAUAUCCCAAAAACAACCAAAAAGAGAAAAGCUAUUAACAGCAAAGCGCUUAUUGUAAAAAAAGAAGUUUUUCCCACCAAAACAACAACAAAAGUUUCCAAACCAAAAAAUAUUGUUUCAAAGACCAAAGAUCAAGGUGACAAAAUAAAACCCAAAGAAUCGUGGUACUGCAAAGUUUGUCGAGAAAACGUGGAAAAAGAUAUGCGAUUAUGCUCGGUAUCCUUAGUUUACUUUCACGAAGAGUGCGUCGGACUUACCAAAGCUGAUAAAAUCGUUUUUGUUUGUCCAGACUGUGGCUAA